AUGGUUGAACCACAACCAGAGCCACCAGGAGUCGAACAUCAGUUUGGCCCAGGAGAAAAUGUACUUUCCAAUUAUCAGCUGAAACUUGCUGUUAAGAAAGAAGCACAGAGCCGCCUACUCAAAGAUACCAGCAAUCCUGACAUUGAAGACUUGGUAGAGAUGCGAGAAUCAAUCGGCUAUCGCAUGAACCAAAUCAUGGGGAUGGCAACGAGAUACAAGAAUAAAUGGGGCCUUGAUAUUCGGGAUUGCCAUCUUGUCGACGAAAACAGUUACAUGAACAAAGGUCUUCAGAAUCAGGCAAACAUGUUCAACCUGGUCGGCAAGUACCCCUUAUUCGAUGAGCCAACAUACCUACAAGGCCGCCCUUAUGUAAAAGGGAAAAAGUAUCUCACUCGCUGUAUUUUCGAGGCUGGUUGGAACCCAGAUGAAGCAGCAGACAAACUAGAUAGGUUGGUGAAGUAUAAAAAUGAACAAGAUCUAGCAGCUCUAAGCUCCAGCGUUACAGAAGUUGAGAGCACCAACAGUGUCAUGGCGACGCUUCGUAGGAUUUUUGCGGUCUCUAAGCGCCCAAUCCGGGAAGAACUUGAAAAAAUCUCGGGGCGCACAAAGCUAAGAAUCAGGUUAGAGUCCUUUAGCAUGUCUCCUCAAAAGAGGGUCUCAGAGGAGUCGGUUGAAGGCCAGUAG